GUUGAAUGAAAAAAAAGAAAAGAAAAAAAAUUGAAAUUUACCCGAAGAAUUAGGUAUUCAAAUAUAAUAUGCAAUGUAUGUAACGUGAAUAUAAACUAUUUCGCUCCUUUCUCCUUUGAAAUUGUGUCAACAUGAUCGUACCUGCCGCCGUCGUUCCAAGAUGAUCGAUCGGGCACGUACGUGACAGCUGUCUAUUGUCUUUCUUUUCGUCUGAUGAAAACGAAUAUUUAGUCUCGUGCACGAGACGUAAUUCGAUACGGAAUCAUUGAAUAUUGCCUAUAUAAUACGUGAUAAAAAUAUAUAUAUAGAAAAUGGCAUAUCGCGCGCCAGCGCGGAUAUCCUUUUAGAUAUUCUUUUUCCUCUGCGUAUAUUCUCUCGUAUCGAUCUCGUAAAGACUAUUCUAUAUGUUUGCGGUACUUUUCUAGUACUGUUUCUUAAUUAAAAUUGAUAACGUGUUAAUAAAAUUAACAGGAUUGAUUGAAUUAAAUUACUUGUAUUGUCUUGGAUACUUGCACGUUGCAUUUUUUAAUUUUUUGCACAAUCAUAUGUAAGUAUAAGUAUCGUGUACGUGUUCGUGAAUCAGUUCUAGUGGUGUGACGAUACAUUGCAAUGUAUGUUGCAGAAAGAAUUGGAGCGAAAGAAAAAUAUUGAACGUAUCCACAUACUUGGGAAAUUUUGGAUUUUAAGUUUUCAAUUAAUUUAUUCUCCUUGUAAUUAACAUUUUAAUUUAAUUCAUUAUUAUUUUUAAAAUUCAAAUAAUCGCUUUUCGAUCUCCGCGCAGCGUAUAAUUUUAACAAUUUUAUCGCGGUUUCGAUAAUUCAACGAUAAAAUUAAAAAGUAAGCAAACGAAUGGACAAAUUUAAGAAGAAAAAAGAUGUAGAGUUGGUGGCAGGGCAGACGACGCGGACGCGAUAGAGCGAACAGUGAUAGAGCGUAAAAGUAGUCGUUUCGUCCUGAUAAGAGUCUAAGAUGCAAUUUCGUAGAAUACGCUCCCGAAGCACGCGAUGUCGCGCGACACGGACGACUCGGAUUUGAUAUCUUCAGUCUUCUCUUGACUUUUCGCCCCUGACGAUUGCAAGGGCGGUUACGGCUUCGCGGAGAAAGUCCGCGUCGCGAACGAGCUUGCUGUCCUUGCUGGCGCGCCACGCGCUGCAAUUAAUCGCCCGAUCCGAGUUCUCGCGUGCCGCGCAUGUUUUACCGUUGGAAUUGUUAGAUGCAAUGUUCUUCGCUACUUCCGACUGGAUUAUUCCUCUUGAUUGACACACUGUAAUUGUGCUUCUCUCAAAGCUUUCCUUCACUAAGCUUCCUCCGUCGCAUUCAGCAGAGUAGGUACCUAUAUAUAUUUUGCAGCAAUCGCGCGCGGCGGUAUUCGUCGUCCGCCGCGUAAUAAUACCUAUUUAAGCGCUCGUCUACGUUCUACAGGUUCUACAUUUGUCCUUGUGCUUGAGUGGUGCGCGACGCUUCUCGGAAACUACAAUAUUAUACAUAUAAGUAUAAUCAAGGAAAAUGCAGUCGACUAGCGAUAGCGAUUCAUCGGCGGAUUCGACGCCGACGGUGACACAGCCAGCAUCGUCUGGCAAGUCUCUCGAUGAUAAUGUCGAAAUUGCCGUUUAUACGGCCAAGGCUCGUAAAACUAGCAUAUUCACGCUCUAUGCAAAGAUAUUUCGACUUCUUCUUACGGCGCAGAUACCGAAUUUUAGUCUUCUUAACGACGAAAUACGUAACAGAGAACUCGAAAAAUUAAUAUUGCCGAGCGACGAAGAAUGGCGUCACCGAGUUUAUCACAGUCUUGUCGAGUUACAAAGAGAAAAGGACGCUGAAAUGGAUCAAGAUAAAAGGAUGGAGGAUUCUAAACGGCGUACGAGUGAUCGCAAGAAUUCGCAAGAUUGGGAAUGGCGUCCCACGGAAAAGGGUCAUCUUCCGAAAGGUAGAAGAGAUGAAAGCCACCGCGAUAUCGUCAGUUCCUCGAACGCUAUAACGCCUGCAUCAGGGACUGCCGGCGGCUCAAUGACGGAGGCUCAUGUCGAGCCAGGCUGGCGUAUCAACGAUAUCCUCUUGGCGGCCAAAGUUCUGCAAAAUGCACGACCCUCUCCAAAUUACGCCAACGAGGCCGAGAUGAGACGUGUCUUUGGUUUAGUAUACGACGUUCUCAGAUAUAAAAACAUCUUGAAUCGUACUCUAGAGGACGGCGGUUUUUGGUAUCGAAAUGGUGCUCUGAAAAAACGGGAACGGGUAGUCUGGUUGUUAUUGUAUGAUAUGCAGGGAAGAAAAUUUGCCCGCCGACAUAAUGGGGGCACACGCGAGACUCGAGAGAAGUUAUUCGAGACUGCCGGAUUAAAAGACAUCGAGGAUGCUCUUAUGAAAGCAAAGACACAUUUGGCGGCAAGCAUCUCGCGUCUUCGUAUCGGCGGUUCAGCGCUUAAUCUUGACGAGCUUCUUCCGACGCAUCUGCGUAUCGCGGAAGGAAUAAGUUGGACCGACGAAGGCGCGAUUGCUUCCGGAUGGGUCAACACCAUGAGAGUGUUAAGUAAAAAUGAAUUCGUAAAGGAUAUGUCGAAGCUAAAGCUUGAACUCUGCGAUAAUAGCGAAGCAGCGGAGCUGCUUGACGAAAAUAACUAUGUCUUUGAUCCAAUUUGCCCAAAGAUGAUUAAUUUGCAUGAUAAGGUGCGAGAAAAACUGGCCAUGUCUGAUUUGGUUUGCAAUCAUCGAUUCAUCUUUCUGGAAAGAUCAUUGUGUCUCGGAGCAACUACAUUAGCGCAGGCGAUACGUGUCGCGCGUCUUUGUGGUCCCGUAGUCCUCACGCAUUCGAUCGCUCCUCGCCACACGGGUUACUUGGCGGGACUUUUGGCCGACAUCGAGGAUGCCGGGAGACUAUUAGCUUUCGGUGCUGGAGACCGUCGUUGCGAGUACGAAGCAUAUCUCACGACUUUAGGCGUCACUCUGCAGCAAUGCAGAAUCUUUUCAGAAAAAUACAUUUCGCCACCAACGUCCGUCGAGUUGGAAAGAGCGACUGUCGUUCUAGCGACUCCCCCAUGCAGCUACACUGGCGUCCGGGACGUCGUCGAUCUUGCUGUUGCUCGCGGUGGUGACAUUAAUUUAUUGGAAUCAUUAACCAGCGACACAGCGGGUGGGAUCAAACAACCCCGUGCUCUUCUGGCCGAACAAUUUUCUACGCUCAAGUAUGCGCUAACCAGACCAAAUAUACAAUUUCUCAUAUACGAGGUGCAUACGAUCUUGCCAUCCGAAACUACGGAAAUGAUUCGACAGGUUGUCGAAUACGCCAAUCAAUUAGCUAUGGAGAAAUACAUUCGUGAGCAUUCCCCAAAGAGGAAGACUCUAUCCAAAGACACUAGUGGAAAGAUUUCAAAGAUGAUCAAAGGUGAUACGUAUAGACAAGAACAAUCGCGGGAACAUUCGGAGAGCCAAUCACAGACGCAACAAGUUUUUUUGUGCAAACAGGAGGAGGAGGAGGAGGAGGAAGAUGAAAAAUUAGAUGCGACUGACGUUGUUAUCCCCGAUAGUGAUUUAUUCGAAGUGGGGACUAUCGAUGAAAUUUAUGGCGAGACGAACGGACAUGUCUUAGAUCCAGGUUGUUUCAUCGCGAUAAUCAAACGAAAGGAAAUGAUGCAGUUUGAUUCGCUUUUCAUGAUUAAAGUGGCAGAAUCGAAAGGGCUGUUUGGUGACCCCGACAAAGAACGAAAUCCGAAACAGAAAGCCGAAAUACCACCAGCGGCACGUCAGACGUUGCGAAUCAGUCGCAGGGGUUUCAAGCGUGCCAAAGUCGAAAUAGAUCGCGUAGCAGCGCCUACGCAUGCUUGGAUGCUGCGGGCUACGAAUAAGCGUCAGCCAUGUCCUCGUCAUAGCAGACACAAUAUCGUCCGAGAUGAAAAGUUACUAUCGAUGCGAGUACGUGAAACGCGAAAGCAAGAUGCGCGUCAAUGGUGGCGAGAUGCAAUCGCCUUCCUGGUUGAUUCGAAAAGACACCAAGAUAUUCGGAAAGAUUCCGUUUCCCAAUUUUAUGCAACACGUUCGAGUCCGUUUACACAAAACCCGCCAAAUCCUUUUCAUGCGAAGAAGAUGGCGUUGCCGAAACGCUAUCGCCGUCUUCGACAGAAGAAUUUGACAUUUAACUCCUUCUAGAAUUCAAUUUAAUUAUAAACUGUAAUAAAUCUAUAGUGUUAAACUGAACCUUAUUUAAGUCGCCACUGC